CCGCUCUGGAGGUUGUCAGCUUCCUCGGCAGAACAGUUGGCGCAGGCGCGGCACUGACAGCUGCUGUCUAUUUACUCCGCAAAGUCUGUUUAAUAAUGGCCUGGAAAUCUGGAGGAGCCAGCCACGCAGAGCUUGUCAACAACCUCCGCAAAAAUGGCAUUAUUAAAUCCGACAAGGUCUAUGAAGUCAUGCUGGCCACAGACCGAGCCCAUUUCUCUAGGUGUAAUCCUUACAUGGACUCGCCACAGUCGAUAGGCUAUCAAGCAACUAUCAGCGCCCCACACAUGCACGCCUACGCCCUGGAGCUUCUACAUGACCAGCUGUAUGAGGGAGCCAAAGCUCUGGAUGUCGGCUCUGGCAGUGGAAUCCUGUCCGCAUGCUUCGCACGAAUGGUAGGUCCUAAAGGAAAAGUUAUAGGAAUUGAUCACAUCAAAGAGCUGGUAGACGAUUCUAUAACCAAUGUGAAGAAAGAUGACCCCAGUUUGAUAACAUCAGGCAGAGUCAAGCUUAUAGUGGGAGACGGGCGAAUGGGCCAUUCUGAGGAAGCGCCUUAUGAUGCCAUUCAUGUUGGCGCAGCAGCACCUACUGUCCCCCAAGCUCUUCUGGACCAGUUGAAGCCCGGGGGGCGGCUGAUUCUUCCUGUUGGCCCGGCGGGAGGAAAUCAAAUGCUGGAGCAGUACGACAAAAUGGAGGACGGCAGCACCAAAAUGAAGCCCUUGAUGGGGGUGAUUUAUGUGCCUUUAACAGACAGAGACAAGCAGUGGUCCAGGUGGAAGUGACUUCCUUCUCCCCCUCCUCCCCCUCUCUCCUUCUCACAGUGGCAAAGGGAUGAACUUUGAAGUGGAAUACAGUCCAUAGUUCACCUUUAAGUUUGAACCUGGAGAAAACUUGGAUGGGGUCAGACAGCCCAUGAAAUUUUGGUUUAAAGCAUAACAAAAUAUGCUUUUUUUUGUUUAAGUCUAACGAUGGACUGGAGUAUCACAUUGAUGAUGACCCAGAGUGGCUGGGAAAAAAGACUGCUUGAAGCUCAGCACAGAAAUUUUGGAGAGGGCUUUUUGUUUUUCUUUUCAGGCCUGCAUCUUUUUGGUUGUGUUUUCUUUUCAACUGCUGGAUUUUAGGUUUUUUUUGUGGUUCUAUCAUUGCAAUCAGCAAUUUUUACAGUAUUACAUUUCAGCAGCAUCGAAGCUGAAUGUAGGAGGAACACCGGACAACGAUGGGGGAAAACCUGAAACUUUUAGAUAAUUCAAGUGUGUGUGUGUGUGUGUGUGUGUGUGUGUGUGUGUGUAUCAUCUAACUGUAGACUUCUCUGCUAACCUAAAGCUUUUCUCCCCUGCCAGCAGUAUUAGGAGCACACACAGGCAACACAAUGGCUGAUAUAACCCACACAUCCUGUUUUAUGUGCAGCACUAAAGUCAUUCUACACAUAGAGUAAGCAAUUCAUUGGGCUCUUACUACUAACAUACUCCAAGGAGAUCGGAGCACUUAUAACACCGACACACGUGCACAUGCAGGGCUGUGCUUUUCACCUGGUGAUGUGUUGCUUGCUGCUGCUGGAUUUCCAUUAACAAUUUGCGCAGGCUCUCCUGGUGACUGAUACUAAAUGGGAUAUUCACUGCUUUGCCAAAAUAAACUCCAACAAUAUAAAGCAAAUGAAUGUCUGUUUUCUUGAGGAAAAAAAACACAUGAAAUUAAAAAAGCACAUUUUAAUGUGAGUGAUCGAAGUGAUGGAUGAUAUUUGGCUUUCAGUCUCUGGAAUGGCAUAUGAAAAUAAAGAGAUGCUUAUGUUUUU